AUGAGGCGACUCACGCGCAGAUCGGGCGUGCACCGAUCUGUCGAAGUCGACGAGCAGGACGCCGAAGAUGUUACCGCAAUCCUGAAUGAGGAGGCCGCAGCCGCCGCUCGGCCCCCUUCUAGAAAGAGAAGGCGUACUUCAGGUGGUGAUACUAUGGUGGAGAGCCCCUCCAGGAAACGAAUCCAGCUCCAGCCUCUGGCCGUGACAACGACUUCUCCACGGCGCCAGUCUACCAGGUUACAGGCUCGCAAGUCACUCCCCGCGCCUAUGCGUCUCAACAAUCGAAACCUUUUCGAAUACCCGACGGAAGACGAUGGAGAAGAGGGUUGGCGUAAACCGACAGAGCCCGUCAAAAAGCUGCGGUUGCUGAAAAAGACGUUGUCUCAAAAUACAGCAUCGCCAUUCAAGGGCCAAGGUGAAUUGGCAACGCUCACAAACGCCAGGAUCAACCUAGAUGACUCACCAAGAAAGCGCCGUGGGAGACCACUUAAGGAGACAAACAAGUUGGCAAUAAUCGUCAAGUCUCUUCAGAAGAGAGGACGUCCUCCAAAAGACGUUUCGACUUCUGCCGCUGCUGCAGCACACCUCGAUGAGGACGACAUCUUUAGAGCUGCCGAGAGAGAGGAUGACGAAUCGUCCUCACAACUCAAUGGGCAACCGUUGGGAGAAGCUGCCUUCAACGAUGCACAUCCGGACAGGCUUGCCGAGAAGCCUCGUAGAAGUCGUGGGCCUAGCGGCCGGUUCUUGAGUGCAGCUAGGGUUGCAUCUCCUUCACCGGAGUUUCCGGAAUCGCAUAAAACUGCCCAGGAAUCACAUCAUCAGCAAAACCGGAUCGAGAAACAUCGUCGUUCAGCAACAGGAGUUAUCAAUCCGCCAGCAGAAGCUGCCAGGCUGGCGGGAAUGAGACAGCAGCCACUCGCCAGAGGUGGGCGUGAUGCCCAACGUACAGAUCGUACAGCAGAAGAUGACCUGUCAAUAGAAGAGACAGUUUCAAACGAAAGGAGGGAGAAUGAUGACACAGAAGGAGAUUCGGCAGACGACGAACAGACAAAGAAUGGCGAUCCCGAUAAUGUAUCGCCCGAACUUCACCAAGGAGAGGAAGACCAUCGACCCUCUCAGCCGCCUCCCAAGUCUCAACGGCCCCAUACCGAAGCUACUUGCCGGGCUGCAAAGCGGCAAGCGGCUGAGGACAAAGCGCGGCGCCAAGAAAUAAUCAACGAAGAGCUGGCGGGCGUGGAAGAAGCAGUACAUCUCCAUGGUUGUAAGGAGCUCUGGGCUACUGCUCUGGUCGGUGCCGCUGAAGUCGCAGAGGAUAGGGCCUCAACGGAGGUUCAAUCUACACUUGGUAAAGCCUGUGACCGAUCGUUUGAACAAAUGACCUCUGUCUUCAAACGGAUGCACGUGGGAAAUCCUGAGCGCCAAAGAAAGUUAAGCGACGAAGAAUUGGAUAAACUGGGCGUUCUAGUACGACGUUGCCACGAGAUCUCUCGAUAUUCUUACAGGCCCGAUAUGUACUAUGACAGAGAGAGACAGAAAAUGGUUCGAGACAUUUACGGAUACCUCAUCCGCCGUUCGUUGAGGCUGUCAGUAUCGGCGUUGAAGACCUACUUUCGGAACAACAGGCUCAGCGCAUAUGCCAUCGGAAAGAUCUGCCAGCUGCUGGAGAUCACGGAGAAGUUGGUAGACAGCGCGGGCAAGUGGACUCCGAGACCGGGGCUAGAAAGUGGCGUCAAGAGUAAGACAAAAUCCGAGAUCGCGCAGCCUAUCCAGUCUCUCAAAAAGCGCUAUAAUGAGGCUUUGGUGGAAAGUGCCAGGUCGAGGUGGCUAAAUGAACACAACUGUCUGGCAAUCCAGAGUUCGAUGCAGCUAGAAGAGCAGCAUCGGAAAUGGCGAGAUUCGGUUCGCACCAAGUACAGUCGUUUAAUGAGUGGUUAUCAAUAUCAGAACGCAGGCUCCGAGCGUCACCCACUCUCCAGCCAACAAGGCCACGUUGUUGACGUCGACGACAUUGCCAACGACGAAUCGGAGGCGCCGAAUCACCAAGCUGGGGACGAUGCACGCCAGACCCAAGCCGCAACUGUGAGGAACAGACCCAAUCUUCGUCGAGAACCGACAGAAGAUAUUCCUGCUCCCAGCGAGCCGGAAUGGACUGACCAGGAAUUGACCGCACUGACCAAUGGGCUGCAGAAACACACGGGAGAGUCGAGGUGGGAAGAAAUCAUGAACGCGUAUGGCCGCUACCUGGGGAAAUAUGACAUGGACACGCUCGUGGCCAAGGCUAAGUGGUGCAAGCAGAUCAUGGCAAGCAAGCUUGAACACGACAUGAAUGGCGAAUGGGACUGGUUGAAGAGUGUCCCAGGUUGA